AUGAGAAUGGCGCCUCCAACUCCCGAAUCCGAAGCCCAUCAGGCACUCAUCGCCCAACUCGAUAUCCACUCAAUCCCUAAGCCUUUCCGCAGUCAAACAUGGAAGCCAAAUCAACGGCGCAACAAGAACAUCAAGACCAUCCUCGGUGAUGCAGUUCGUAAAGAGGCUUCAACAAUGGCAACCCAAGAGAACAGUGGUGCUGCAACCCCGCUCCCAGAUGACUCAGGGACAUCCACAAAUGGCGAUGUUACCCCAGCGGUCUCUACAGCUAGUUCUAUGCUGCAACCCAACCUCGCGCAGGCAUCACGGAAUCUGUCGAAGCUGGUCUUGGAGAGGAAUAUGAAGUCGAAUGGGUUCUCAACUGCGCCGAAUGCUACAUAUACGAAUAUCGAGUCGGCACCGAGUAUGGCGCACAAGAGACAUUAUUGUGAUAUAACUGGGUUACCUGCGCCAUAUACUGAUCCAAAGACGAGGCUAAGGUACCAUAACAAGGAAGUGUUUGGGGUAAUUCGGACUUUGGGUCAAGGAGUGGCAGAGCAAUACUUGGAGGCAAGAGGAGCGCAUACAAUCUUGAAGUGA